AUGGACGAGUUCACAGCCAAUCGGACCACCCGACAGCCGUUCACAGACGCCAGCAGCAGGCUCAAUGUCAAGUCCUCUAACUGGGAAUAUGAUGGAGGGUCCGAAGGAGAUUACUUGAAAUCGGAUCCUAUGUCAAUCAUGACAAGCCAAAUACCAUCAAAGGACAAUAAUUACAGUGACUUCCUACCAUCGACCCCCUGCCCGCAGACGCCUUCCAAGCGAGUCUCCGCCGUGUCGGCAGCAUCUACAGUCCUGUCCGGCAGAGGGAAGAGAAAGACACACGUCGGACCAUGGCACUUGGGAAGAACGCUGGGAGAGGGUGCUACGGGGCGUGUGAGACUAGCCAAGCAUGCUAUUACGGGACAAGAAGCUGCCGUCAAGAUCGUGUCCAAGAAGUCUGCUAGGAUGGUUCAAAGCGAAAGUAUUGCCGCCAUGGACCGUCGUGCCAGCAACUUCGCUGGCAAUACAGCUCGGCCGAUGCCCUGCGGUAUUGAGCGGGAAGUGGUUAUCAUGAAACUAAUCGAGCAUCCCAAUGUUAUCAGUCUCUACGAUAUCUGGGAGAACCGAGGAGAGCUGUAUCUUGUUCUCGAGUACGUCGAGGGCGGUGAUUUAUUUAGUCAUGUCUUUAACAAUGGCGCUCUGCCGGAGGAGGAAGCAGUGCGACUAUUUCGCCAGGUUAUCGCUGGUCUUGGCUUCUGCCAUCGAUUCAAUAUCUGUCAUCGAGAUCUUAAACCAGAGAACAUUUUGUUGGACUCAUGGCAGAACAUCAAGCUUGCAGACUUUGGAAUGGCGGCACUGCAACCGACUGGUCACUGGCUAAAAACAUCGUGCGGAAGCCCUCAUUAUGCCGCCCCAGAAAUCACCUACGGGAACCCAUACCGUGGUGAUCGAGCAGAUAUCUGGAGCUGUGGUAUUAUUCUCUUCGCGUUGUUGACGGGGUACCUGCCAUUUGAAGGACAUGACGUUCCCAGUACACUUAAGAAGGUGCGACUGGGCAAGUACAGAAUCCCCGACGAGGUCAGCUAUGAAGCUGCAGAUUUGAUACAGCGGAUUUUGCUGCCCAGGCCAGAGCACCGCCUUACAGUACAAGAAAUAUUCGACCACCCGCUGUUGAAGAAGUAUGAAAAGCUACAUCAAGCCAUGUCUAAGCACCACGUCGGGCCGCCACCACCUCUAUCUGCUUACGAGUGUGGUGAUCCAGUUGGCAGUGUCCAAGAGAUUGACAUAGAGAUUCUUCAGAACCUGCAGACCUUGUGGCACGGAGCAAAGCCAGAGGCCCUGGUGAACAGAAUCCUAUGCCUGGAGCCAACGCAAGAGCGCAUGUUCUACAAUGCGCUGGUGAGGUUCCGAGAUGAGCAACUGGAAAACUUCCAGGGACAGCCACUGGAGUAUUCAGCCAGUGACUAUCAUCAUAUUUCACGACGGCCUAUGCGGGCGAGGAGCAAGCGAUCCCCGAGCGCUCAUAGCCAAUAUGGAUCUCUGAGACGACAGCAGUUUUCGACCAAGAAGCAGGGUCAGCGUCGUGCCGGUUCGAUCAAGGAGCCCAUGUCAUCCGCCAGCUACGACCCGUUCCGGUCGCCACGCAAUGUUCAGAUACCGGAAGCGGAGUAUGCGCAUGUCACGAUUCAUCGCGAUUCAUCGGCCGCUACCAUCAGAACGGCUGCCGGGGUGAUUGAAAGGCCAGCAAACCCUACUCCUGACGAGGACUUGGACGAAGACAGCGAGUGCCUAUCAAGCUCACCUUUUGCAGUAGUGCGCAACAAAAAGCCCAGGGGAAGUUCUAUGAAGACUUCACAUUCUCGGGCAUCACAAACGAGCUCCCGUCGAGGAACGGCACAAACGCAUACGCCACGCUCGACCAGUUACCGCCGUAAUGUUUCUUUCCACCACAUCCGGCAUCGAUCCCAAGGUUCAGCUUCUGGAAAAUCAAAGCAAACGCCGUCGAAGCAGGUGUCCGCUAGAAGGCAAAUGAGCCACAGCAGCCUCGAUGUGCCGAAUGAUGCUUUCCCAGACCGCCACGGCAGUCCUGCCUUGCCAGCUCAACCGACCGUUGUCCGUGGCCCCGGCGUAGCAGUUCGAAGCUGCCCACAGCCAAAGAAGCUACGCGACACCGACUUCAUCUGGAAGGACGAAACGCGCCAGAUUUCUCAAGAAUUGAGCAAGAUAUGUGAAGAUGCAUUCAACGGCAGCUCUAUGUCUACCGGAUGCACGACUAGCGUUUGCGGUGGCACCGAGACACCUCCUACCUCUGUUUCCAUCGCCAGCCCCGAGAACUCGCAGCACCAAAUCACAGCCAAUAGGGCCAAGGGUAGAGUAUUGCCCGAUACGCCGAAUUCAUCACCUUCCCAGGGCACCGCAGAUCUUGCUGAUACUCGUCGCUGGUUGAUCAAGCAGUCAAGACAGGAACCUUCUGACACACUUCCUACUUAUUUGUCAGGUGUGAUCAAUCAACUGGAUCGUCUGAUUGAGGAGGACGCUGCAGCCAAGCAAACCAAGAGACAGCAGAAUCUGAACGAGUUUACAUCUUGGACAAAUGAUCCGUUCAUGAGCUCUUCCGCUGAACCAGGCCAUCUCCCCAUCAUUUCCGAGGAAAUAAAUAGCCCCGUCGAAAGCAAAAAUAAACCGCCCGCUGGCCGAGUUGAAGAGCCCAAGGCAUUACCUGCCAUAGGAACUCUCGGCACGAGUAUGAAACUCGAGCCCAAGACAACAAUCCGCAUGGUGCCUCACGAUUCGAUGCGUUCCCUCGCAGAGGUCAAACCCUUAAACAUUCGCAAGAAAGGCAAAGAACCUGACUCCGAACUGGCAGGCGACGGCAGAGAUCGGUCUAUGAGAUUCGUUUCUGCACCAACUCGGUCGAGUCGAAACGUUUCUGGACUGGAUCCUAUCGAGGAACACCCCGGACCUCAGGCGUAUGGUGAUGGCAGACCCCAGGAGAACAAGAAAUGGUCCUGGUUCAGACACAGGUCUUACGGAUCUAGAGAGAACAUGGCAAAAUUCGUCAAGGAUAGGCCUAUUCAACCCAGCGCCGAGACGGUCAUCGUUCACGAUACCAAACAGCCGGAGGAGCGACCUACUACAAGUCGAAAGUCAUCAGCCGAGUCGAUUGGGGGUCUCUUCAAGAAACUCAUCAAACGUAAGCCAAGUAAGACUGCUCUUAAUGGGCCUAGUCAAGCGAAGACCAAGUUCAACAAAAACAAGCAAAAGCCUCUUCCCCGCCGCCCCCGCUGCAGUACCACCACCAACAAGAGCACAAACUGGUUCGCCCGCGUCUUCCAAAUCAAACCCGCCACGCGAGUGAUGGCCCUAAACACAACCAAACUCCAGGGCCGCAAAGAAGUCUUCCGCAUCCUCCGCGAAUGGAAGCAAUACGGCCUUGAAGACGUCUACCUCGACAAGACCAACAGCGUGAUCCAUGGCCGCGUGGGGGAAGUAAACUUCCUGCGCCUACGACCCGUCGAGUUCUCUGCGGAGUUCUAUACGGUGCUUGAGCAUAAGUGCGAGGCGAAUUUGAGUGUUGUUAGGUUUCGGCAGGUGAGGGGCGCUGCGUCGUCGCUUGGGAAGGUUGUUGAUAGCUUGGGCGUUGUCAUGGGGCAGCGGGAGUUGCUCGUGCAGGAUCCGGGGAAGGCAAAGAAGAUGGCGAGUGUUUUUGAUGAUUUUGCGGAUUAG